ACCACCAUAGCUUCAUCUCUGGCAACUAAACAAUGGCUUGCACUAGAAGGAAAGGCGAACCCGUUACAUCAAAUUCUUUUAUGGAGAAAUCGUCACAUUUCUUCAAGGUUAUCCUUCCCUCUUCCUUGGAAGAGAAGAAGCUGGAGAUUCCGCAAAUGUUCGUGAAGAAGUUUGGGAAUGAACUUUCUGACAUCGCAACACUGGAAGUUCCCAAUGGUCGAGUUUGGUUAAUUGGAUUGACCAAGGAUGGGACCAAAAUUUGGUUUCGGGAUGGUUGGCACGACUUUGUUCAGUAUCAUUCAAUCUCUGUUGGAUACUUCUUGGUUUUCAAAUAUCUGAAGAACUCAACUUUCCAGGUUCUUAUUUUUGAUUCUACUGCUUGCGAGAUUCACUACCCAUAUAAUGCAGUGAAGUCUAAGCUACAAUGCAAUGCGGACAACUCAAAAUCGAAGCAUGAAAACAAGUCUAAAAUGGUUGAAAAGGCAGAGAUAAAUGAAUCAGAUUAUGAGAAUAAACGUAAUUUUCUAGCUUUACUUAAAGAAAUGGGAAUCUACCUUCCUAUUAAAUGUAGAUUUGUCUCAAAAAAAGACAGACACAGAGCAAUCCACAUCGCCAGAUUGUUGAAGCCAAGAAAUCCUUCAUUCAUGGUGUUUUUGCGGUCUCAUAGCACAAUUGAACACCGUGUGAGUGUGCCAGUGAAAUUUUUGGAUAAGUAUUUAUGUAGAAAUUCAAGAACUAUUAAUCUACAGGUUCCUGAUGGAAGAGUGCUGUGUGUUAAAAUUAAGAAGUCGACUCGUGGAGGCUUUCGUUUACAACAGGGAUGGAUUAAAUUUUCUAGAGAGGAGAAUUUGAAGCAAGGAGAUAUCGGUAUCUUUGAGUUGAUCAAGAUGAAAGACUUCAUUCUGAAACUUUCAGUAUACCCUGCAACUGCAAAGUUCACUGACAACCUAAUCUUAUAAACUUUCUCGUACAACUCCGAUAUAGUAGCUCAGUCAACUCGUAAUUAGACAUGCGAGACUUAUAGCGAGCAGACGGGACCUAUUUGUGACCUAACCAAUUGCAGGAUUGUAAGAGAAAAUUUGUAAGAUUAGGUUGUACGUGUAGUAUUGCCCGAUUAAAGUUAAUGGUAAAAAAGGCUCGUAAUCUUUCAAAAUAAUGAAUUAGAUAGCAACAUUGUAUUGAU